GGUGUUUAGAACUGCUUGAGUAAAUUUUGUGAUUAACAUUUAAACAUUUGUUUUACAGCCAGUCGUACAAAUCAUAUUGCUUUUAUUCUUGCCAAUAGAAUGAAGUAAGUACAUAGCUUGUGUUGCUUGUUUGCAGCUUGCCGGCAAUUACUCGUGUUUUUACCAUGCGUAUUAGCAAUUGAAUAUUAAUGGAGAUACUGUGUGUGUGCCAUAAGGCGUGGAGUGACCGCGAAAACAAACAUUAGUAACGUGCUAAAUCACAUAUGUACAUACAUAUGUAUGUAUGUAUUAACGACUGUAUUCAUGAUGAUGAUUUGUGUUUCUAAAAAAUGCUUUCGUAAUGAGAAAUAAUGCAUAUUUGUUCAACGAUGGCCUGAAAAUUGUGCGGAGCGGGUUGCGGCAGUGAGAUAAUUUGGGCACUACUAUCGAUACUAAAUAUUAUCAGUUUCUAAUCGAAAUUUCGUCUAUUACUCGUGUAAAUACAAAGUGUUGGUUGAAACGAGACAUUCAUUUGUUUGCGCCACUAUGCUAUAUUCUGAACUCGAUUCGAACGUCAACGCGCCUUUACUCGAUGAUGGCAGUGCCAAUGUUCAAACAACUUCAGUUAAAUCGGCCGCGCAAGUAACGAACGACACUAUGCCGCUGCGACGGCAAAAGUAUCUAGUCAUUCUUAUAAGUCUUGGAAUAUUCGCUAGUUUUGUGGCUAUCAACCAUUUGAUCAUUAAUGCACCCGCAUUCAAUCAGUAUAAAAUUUUGCGUGCUUACCAAAAUCAAAUCGACAAUGAAGUGGCGGAAAAAGGGCGCUCUGACCGGCCGCGCACUAUACUAUUAUGGAACAGUUUCUUUGGAGACGAACGUUGGGGUUUAGGCGAGGACAGCAUGGGACCCACCUACUUUCGCGACGAAUUCAAAUGUCACGAGUACCGUUGUGACUUGACGAACAAUCGCGAUUUCUUGCCCACCAUCGAAAUGUUCGAUGCAGUGCUCUUCCAUACAGCGCAGCCAUUUCCUUUGCUGCAGUCAGUGCCUAGAAGACGGUCGCCGCAUCAACAAUAUGUGUUUGCUUUGAUGGAACCGCCAGGUGAGACAAAGCAUGCGCUCACCGAUGAGGCUGGCUUCUACAACAUGACUAUGAGCUAUCGACUCGAUUCGGAUAUAAUGUGGCCUUAUCAGUAUUUUGAGGAUAUUGAAACUGGUGAAUUAGUAGCGCCGGCAGUUCAUGCCAAAUGGCGGCAAGUACCAGCCGAAUGGAAUGAAACGAGCGUGUCGCAAGUGUGGGAAGGCAAGACGCGGAUGGCUGCUUGGUUUGUGUCGCACUGCGAGACAUUGUCGAAGAGAGAAAAGUUGGCAGCAGCAUUACAGGAGUAUAUUGACGUUGACAUCUAUGGCAAAUGCGGAAAUUUCAGUUGUCCACGCAGCUCAAAUGAAUGCGAUAAACUUUUGGAUGUGCGCUAUAAAUUUUAUUUUUCUUUUGAAAACUCACUUUGCAACGAUUACGUGACCGAGAAACUCUACAACAUAAUGAGACGAAAUGUGAUUCCAGUUGUGUUUGGCGGUGCCGACUACAGCCGAUUCGUGCCACCAAAUUCCGUCAUAAAUGCCGAAGAUUUCCAGAACGUCGCUGAGCUGGCUUCACAUCUUCAAUAUGUGGCCACCCAUCCAGAGGAAUAUAUGCGCUAUUUUUGGUGGCGUCGCUACUAUCGUCUCAGCUAUCGUUCGCCUUUUUGUGAUCUCUGUGCGAAAUUGCACAGUGUAACGAAUUCGCAAAAAACACAAACAUAUGUGAAUAUUGAGAAAUGGUGGAUGGGCGACCAAUGCCGUUUCGAGUCUAAAAUUAAAUUUUAAAUCACAAAUAUGUCUGUAUACUUAAGUGUCUUUUUGGAGUAUCCCAUAGCAAAAAGUUGCUGUGUUGAGGCUAUAAUAUUGUAUUGUACUUACAGGUAGAUACUAUAUGGAACAAAUGGACAAUUUUUUUCUCAGUAUCACGGCGAAAAGUCGGAAUUAUUAGAGAUAGGUUAAAUUUUAGGGUCGUCUACAAAUAAGUGAAUUUAAUAAAAAAUUAAUGGAAUGUGUCUUGUUAAUUGCCUUAAUAUUUGCAUACAUACGUAUGUACAUAUAUGUAACAUUUCGAUGUAAAGUAAGUUUUCUAAAAAUUGUUAAAGUUUAUUAAUUAUUAAUAUUUAAUAAAAAAGCUGUGUAAUGUUAAUCAUUUUAUUAACUAUUUUUAAUAAAACGAAUAUAGUUUUCACAGUUA